AUGAUAACGAUGAAGGAUAACGCACUUUUAUUCACUGUGCUUUUUGGAGGUUUAUUCAAAAGUGGAAACGCCGAACUAAAUGGAACAAGGGGUACAGGUGUGAUUACUGGCGUAGAACCUACAAUAGAAUUACGAAAUGCCAUCCUACUUAUUCUGGGCUUUGGACUAUUCUCUGUACUCGUUGCAAUCACGUUCCAUCUGACCCGAAAGUACAUCUUUCGAGAUGCUUCGAACGUGGACACAUCAUUUGAUGCAGGUGGAAAGGUUUCCGUUGGACUGACUGCGACUACUCUUGUGUCUCAGAUGACAUGGUCAGCUACUCUGCUCCAGUCUGUAACCGUUGCUGUAAAGUAUGGUAUAAGUGGACCACUUUGGUAUGGAGCUGGAGCUACCGUACAUCAUUUCAUCUUGGCUAUCCUAUCCAUCCACCUAAAGACAAAGGCGCCAGGGGCGAAAACCUUCCUUCAGGUGAUCCGUGCAAGGUUUGGAGCCCCAUCACAUAUGAUAUUCUGUGUGUUCGCUGGCAUAACCAAUCUUAUUACAACCAUGAGUUUAUUGCUGGCUGGCAGUGCUGUAUUAACUAGUUUAACAUUGGAUCUUUCCAUUGAACUGACCUGUAUGAUACUUGCUGCUGUAAUAGGUUCCUAUACUUUAAUUGGUGGACUUGGUGCGACCUUCUACGUAUCCUACUUCAACAGUACUCUCAUCUUUUGUUUCCUCAUUGUCAUUGUAACCGAAAUACUCUUAAAGCCUUCACUAGGAAUAGACGGUUUGCCGUAUGGGAGCUCAGACAUUAUGUAUAGUUACAUUCAGAAUGCAACGGGACCAGAUGGUAACCACAAUGAAAGUUACUUGACGAUUCUCUCAUCCGGUGGUCUGAUGUUUGGAGUUAUCAUCUUUGUAAUGUCUUGCGCGUCACAGCUUGGGGAUCAGUCAUAUUGGCAGAGUAGCAUAGCAGCUAAACCUUUGCAUGGCGUUUGGGGAUUCAUAGCCGGUGGCUUGACGUGGUUCGCCAUACCUUUCACCUUUUCAACAACCAUUGGAUUGGUUUACAUAGCCAUGGAAAAUUAUCAAGGAUCUUCUAUUCUUUCUGAAACUGAUAUCCAAACAGGAUUGGCGGCACCAGUGGUUGCUCAAGUAGUACUCGGAAGAACAGGGGAGUACAUGUUAUUCCUUGCCAUAUUGAUGGCGGUAAUGUCAACAGGGUCAGCUGAGGUUAUUGCUGUUGCAUCGCUGAUUGUGUAUGAUGUCUAUCAGCCAUACAUAAAUCCUUUCAGAAAGAAUCUGAAAGCUGGUGACUGUAUACUCUGUGGUAAAUCCUCCCGUCCUUCAAGUGAUACUUCAAGUGGUACAAGUACGUACUACAAGGAUCGUAUUUUUGCCUCGGAUACUAAUUUAAGUAAUAACGAGGGAACCACGACCACGUGCUCCUGUAAACCAGUAGUUGAAUGCAAUGAAUGUGCGGAAGACAAGAAAAUGAGAUCAUCUAAGAAGUUUACCAUAGGAGUUAAAAAGCCAUAUACAUGCAACGUCCACGGGUUGUACCGACAAUACCAAGAUGAUUUGCUGAACUUUAAAAAUUGGUGCAUUCUUUGGGUCACGCUCUUCACGAUUCCACUGGUGUUGUUCUCAAAUUGGGUCGGACUGAACCUAGGAUGGGUUUUCUAUUUCACUGGGGUGAUGAUAGGCGGAGUCAUCAUCCCAGUAGCACUUAGCGUCCUCUGGAGCAGGGCAACGGCUGCUGGUAUGAUAUCAGGUGUUCUAUCUGGCUGCCUUUGUGGUAUAACUUUAUGGUUGGCGUUGGCUUCAACAUAUGAAGGUGGAGUGAAUUUAAAGAACACCAGUAGGGAUGUACCCACUCUUGUGGGCAGUGCCGUCUCAUUAGGCUUGAGUGGAAUUGUAUGCAUUAUGGUUUCAAUGUGCACACUAGAUAGAAAGAAGUUCAACGAGGAAGAAGAGUGGAACAAACUGAGAAACAUAGAGAACCCGCUUCACCCCUGGGCAAUUACAUAUGCACGUGACUUCGGUACAGUUCAUGAUUUAACGUCAAAGUUUGUGCGACCAACAUACGCAGCAAUGAAAUCCCGCUUCCGAAGGUCUCGGAUCACUGCAAUGAUUAUUGGGUUGACUCUAUUUGUUGGAUUCAUGAUUGUUUGGCCUUGCGCUAUGAUUCCCUUUAAAGUUUUUACCAGGAACGAAUUCUACCACUGGACAACAUUCUCCAUAGCGUAUGCAUUCAUAGCAGCUGCGUUCAUUAUCAUCGUUCCUCUUGUGCAAGAAAUUUAUUUGAUUUUUGGCAAAAUUAUGAACAGUAGAAAAAUUCGGAAGAUGAACAACCACGUGAACGCUAACUACAUUCAAGAUCAAAUUAAUAAUUGAUCACUCACAAAUAACAUAAAGAAUGUCACCAAGUAAUAAGGAUCUUGAUUUUUAUAUAAAUCAAUUAACUUGACUGGGGCAUACUGACUAAUUUUAUAUUAAUCUUUUACCUAGACUUCUACAUAAAUAAUUAUUAGUAUAGUCAUUGAAAUGGUACACUCCCCUCCAUAAGUUUGGCAACCUUAGCUCCCCCUUGAACUACGUGUUAAAGCGUCUUUACGUUUGAAUUUUUGUUUCCUUAACCUGCGAUGAAAAUAUUCAUAAUAUUAAUAGAAACGUAACUUGAUUUUGUUUCCAAUACCUCCAAAUUUUCUCAAUUUUAGUUAGUUCAAUGGGGGAGCAAAGGUAUUGGUAUUGGUCCAUUGGUAUAAUAAAUAUAUAUGUGUCAAUCGCCUAUUUACGUGUGUUAUGUAUGGACAUAAAUAUGUGACAUUUUACCAAACACUGUCAGAUACACAUUUACGGCAUAUAAUAAGUGCGUUAACCACAUAUACACAAAUCAAAUGUACUUGUGUAAAACAUAUAGAAUUAUUAUAGUCGACAUAUUUCGAAACAUG